UCAAAAUGGCUUUCUUCAAAACGUCUCUGGGCUUGUCUCUCUUAGCUUCUUCAGCUCCUGUGCAUCCAAGCAUUGGGGCCCUCUCUUAACUUCUCUGGAGAAAACUCUGGGCUAGCACCUCCAAACAUCUCAAGGCAUCUCAGAGUGUCAGCAGGCAUCUCUCUUUAAGUCUCAGUUGCUCUGAGCUCCUUCUGUCUGUGAGCUGUCUUACAGGACUCCAAUGAUUUAAUUAAGACCCACCCUGAAUGGGCGGGGUCAUAUCUCCAUGGAAACAUUCAAUCAAGAGGUCCCACCCUAAUCAAAAAGAUUAAUAACUCUGCCCCCACAAGAUUGCAUUAAAGAGCAUGGCCUUUUUGGGGACAUAUCUCACAGUUGCUUAGGAAUAUGAUUUCUAGUUUUAGGGUAUCUGAACUACAAGUGUUACUAGGCUUUGCUGGACGGAAUAAAAGUGGACGCAAGCAUGACCUCCUGAUGAGGGCUCUGCAUUUACUGAAGAGUGGCUGCAGCCCUGCGGUUCAGAUUAAAAUCAGAGAAUUGUAUAGACGCCGAUAUCCACGGACUCUUGAAGGACUUUCUGAUUUAUCCACAAUAAAAUCAUCAGUUUUCAAUUUAGAUAGUAGCUCAUCACCUAUAGAACCUGAGUUGGCUGUGGCUGGAAUCCAUUCAUUGCCUUCCACUUCAGUUACACCUCACUCACCGUCUUCUCCUGUUGGUUCUGUUCUGCUUCAAGAUACUAAACCCACUUUUGAGAUGCAGCAGCCAUCUCCCCCAGUUCCUCCUGUCCAUCCUGAUGUGCAGUUAAAAAACCUACCCUUUUAUGACGUCCUUGAUGUUCUCAUCAAGCCCACGAGUUUAGUUCAAAGCAGCAUUCAGCGAUUUCAAGAGAAGUUUUUUAUUUUUGCUCUGACCCCUCAGCAAGUUAGAGAGAUAUGCAUUUCAAGAGAUUUUUUGCCAGGUGGUAGAAGAGAUUAUACAGUCCAAGUUCAGCUCAGACUUUGCCUGACAGAGACAAGUUGCCCUCAAGAAGAUAAUUACCCCAAUAGUCUAUGUAUAAAAGUAAAUGGGAAGCUGUUUCCUUUGCCUGGCUAUGCACCACCUCCUAAAAAUGGGAUUGAACAGAAGCGCCCUGGACGCCCCCUGAACAUUACAUCUUUAGUUAGGUUAUCUUCAGCUGUGCCAAAUCAGAUUUCCAUUUCAUGGGCAUCAGAAAUUGGAAAGAAUUACUCCAUGUCUGUAUAUCUUGUACGACAGCUUACUUCAGCCAUGUUAUUACAGAGGUUAAAAAUGAAAGGUAUUAGAAACCCUGAUCAUUCCAGAGCACUAAUUAAAGAAAAACUUACUGCAGAUCCUGAUAGUGAAAUUGCUACAACAAGCCUUCGGGUGUCCUUGAUGUGUCCUUUAGGAAAAAUGAGACUGACAAUCCCGUGCCGUGCAGUGACUUGUACACACUUGCAGUGUUUUGAUGCUGCCCUUUAUCUACAAAUGAAUGAAAAGAAGCCCACCUGGAUUUGUCCUGUGUGUGACAAAAAGGCUGCCUAUGAAAGUCUAAUAUUAGAUGGGCUUUUUAUGGAAAUUCUCAAUGACUGUUCUGAUGUGGAUGAGAUCAAAUUCCAAGAAGAUGGUUCUUGGUGUCCAAUGAGACCGAAGAAAGAAGCUAUGAAAGUAUCCAGCCAACCGUGUACAAAAAUAGAAACUUCUAGUGUCCUCAGUAAGCCUUGUUCAGUGACUGUAGCCAAUGAGGCAAACAAGAAGAAAGUGGAUGUAAUUGACCUAACAAUAGAAAGCUCUUCUGAUGAAGAGGAAGACCCUCCUGCCAAAAGGAAAUGCAUCUUUAUGUCAGAAACACAAAGCAGCCCAACCAAAGGGGUUCUCAUGUAUCAGCCAUCUUCUGUAAGGGUGCCCAGUGUGACUUCGGUUGAUCCUGCUGCUAUUCCGCCUUCAUUAACAGACUACUCAGUACCAUUCCACCACACGCCAAUAUCAAGCAUGUCAUCAGAUUUGCCAGGUUUGGAUUUUCUUUCCCUUAUUCCAGUUGAUCCCCAGCAGUACUGUCCUCCUAUGUUUUUGGAUAGUCUCACCUCACCCUUAACAGCAAGCAGUGCGUCUGUCACCACCACCAGCCCCCAUGAGAGCAGUACUCAUGUUAGUUCAUCCAGCAGCAGGAGUGAGACAGGGGUCAUUACCAGCAGUGGAAGUAACAUUCCUGAUAUCAUCUCAUUGGACUAAAGAGGACACUCGAUUCUAGGAAUCAUUAAUCAAAACUGCUCUUUCUUGGAUCUCUGGUCCAUGGAACUUAUUUUUUUUUGGCAGUUGCUUUGGUAUUUAUUGAAACGUCAAAUGGAUUCUUUUGCUUUCUGAGAGAUGAACACAGAUGACUGCAGCAAGAACCAGAUGACAUGCAAGGAUUUUUCUUACUCAUGCUGUAUCGUGAGCAUCAGAUAUAUUCAGCCAUAACUGUAUCUAUCUUCUUAAGAGAUGGAUUUCAAUUUCAUAUGUUACUGGAUGUUUUCUACAAAUCAGUUAAAUUUUUUUGUUGUAAUACACAGCAAUAAAAUUAUGUAAAUAUUCAAGUAAACUUUUCUAAUUAAAAAAUGUAAUUAAUGAUUCAAGAAUGACAGCAACUUGUGUUUAACCUGAUGUGAAGGAAAAAAUAUAUAUGGAAAGGAGUUAUGUUUGCUGAUUGAGUCCUUUCCGUGGAGAUUUCUUCUAUUUUACUGAAGUAAUGAAGCCUUGAUACGUAGCCAAAGCUUGGGUUCUAUUUUUCUUCCUGCAAUUCCACUUUUUUUCUUGAUCCCAUCAAAGAAAAUUGGUCUUUAUUACACCUUUUUCCCUGUCAUUUACACUUUGACAUUGUUUUCUAAUGAGUGCAGAAUGAAAUUCUGGGAUUUGGCUGCUCUUUAUUAUUUAUUAUGUUGAAGAACACUAUACAGAUUCUGCCCUGGCAUAAUGUGUAAUAUUUAUGGUAAAUAUACACUCAGUCGAGAAUGUUCUGUAAAUUUGGGGGCUUUCUCAAAAAGAAAUUCUCUGUAGCCGUUGAUUGAAAUGUUUUGGGGGUAAGUUGUGGCUGGAGUAUUCCUUAGAAUUUUGGUCACACUCUCCAGAAACAUUGAGAGCUUGAUGGCAGUAGAAGAACAAGUUUAGGGGAGGUGGGAAUAACAAAGUUUAAUUUCUUCCUCAGAUUGUGAUUUGUUCAUUUGUUUUAUAGAAUAAUAUACAAAUAUUUGUUGAAACUCUUCAAAUUUUAGUAACAAUGACACAAAAAAAAGUUUUAGAUCUCUGAUCAUAUUUCUUGGCUCGGUAAUCUCAGCCUGAUAGCAAUGACUUUCAAACAUGAAGAAAGAAACAAAAAUUACGAAGGAAUGGGGCAGAAGCGGAUUUCCUUUUUAAAGAAAUGUUUGAACUGAAGUGAGGAAGGAUUGGGGAGGAUGGCCUGGAGCCUACUUAAUGUCCCUUUCUGCUCCCCCUCAGCACUCCAGGGAACCCUUGUGGUUCGGCUGGUGCACUCGUCUGUAGUGUUUGAUUUUAAAUCACUCAGGAAACUGAGUUUUACCACUUUGAGAAAGUUUUUCAUCCAAAAUUUUUAUUUUCCUUAGUUUCGUUUGGUUUCCUAAAUAAUUUUUGAAUUCUGAAGGAUUCGUUAUUUUCCUAAUGCCUAGCUUUCUCUCUUUAAGCUGUAUUUACAUCCUCUAAAAACAACAUCCUUUUUUUCUGACUAAUCCAACUUAAUUGAUUUCUCAAACUGAAGUACCCAGAUGAGAACUCUCUAAUUUCCUUUGGAAUAGGGACACGUUACUUCAUGGAUGCAACUCCAGGGAGCUGAAUUGUCACUGCUUUGUCUUUUAUACUUCCUCAAGUUUUCAUGGCCUUUGUCUGCUCUUUUUGUACUGAUUUAAUUUCAUGUGGUUUCCAACAUCAUCCCUUCUUUGGCUACAUCAUCCCUUUAAUAUUCGUUUAGGUUGGCUGCUUAUUAUUAAAGAUGUGGGAAAAAAUGAAAUUUUCCUGCAUUAGUUGCACCAUAGUUUUCAAUUAUAUCUUCUUAGUCGUUACAUUUCCAAUUCAUGUUACAGUCCUUUGGUCCAAAUAAAGAAUUUCUUCCUAGUAAGGUCUUAUGUUGCUGCUCUAAAUUCAGAUGGAAUUUCUGUUAACUUUGUAAUCAGAUAACCUGAUUUUUUGUGGUAUAAUUUGUUAAUAAAGAAAUGAUGUAUAUUUGUUACCAUUUUGUUACCCUUUAGAGUCUCAGAAACACUCCUCCCCCAAUUUAACCAGGAAAGUUUUAUAAGGUAAAUGAAAAUAUUGGCAGAAAUUAGUAGUUGUGCUUUAUUUCCUUUUCAGUACUUUAUGUGAACAGUUUUAGUGUUCAUUUUUGGUGCUUUACACUGAAAGUACAUAUAAGUUUUUAAUUUAUCUCAGACUAAUGUUUAAGUUUAUAAUCUCCAGAUUGGGGCUUACAUUGUAUGUGUAUCUUUGAAGGUGAGUACUUUUCUUUAUACCUUUGGCAUUAUGGCAGCAUCAUGAUUAUUAACCCAUUACCUUUGCCAAGACCCUGACUAUUUAGCAAUCCAUUUUGCUAGCACAGGUUUCUGUUUAACCAAAUAUAAUGCAGCUUCGCAGGGAAUCAUCUUAGCUGUUACUUAGAUGUCAAAGAGUGAUCACCCUGAGUAUCUUUGUUUAUGGAAAGGGGCUGCAGUUGUUAGUCUUUACAUUUACUAAGCCAACCUGUAUUUUUAGUGUCGCUUAAAAGUGUUAAGGGCUUUACUUGCAUACGUACCUGACUGUGUCUGUGGUGCUGAUUAUAGCUUCACGCCCAAGGUCUGCUUACGUUCACUGACUUUCUGACCCUUUGGUGAGCCAUUUUAGGAUUUUAUUUCCAUUUCUGGCCACCCAUCCAAAGGAUUAUUGUAAAGGCCAAAUGAAACAAAAUGAAUUUAGGUUAUGUGGCAUUUACUUGAUGAUAAUGUGUUUCAGGAAAGUUAAAAUGAAAAUACGCAUAGGUAAGGGGUAUCGAAUAUAAUUAAGUUGAUCCAUGAAUCUUGAUGUAAAAUGGGUUUCUCUUUGGAGGAGUCUAAAGGAAUUUGAAGAAAGAUAAGAGGUUGGAUUUUAGGGUAGUAGGGGAUGCAGCAUUGAACAGAGACUUUUCUGACUUUGAUAUUCGGACAUCUCAGACAUUUUGCCUUCAGACCAGUUCUGCACACUCGUCAUUUUAUAAUCAAGUUAACUUUUCUUCUGCUAAUAAAGUAUUCGUUAGUUACGUUUUGUGUUUUUAAGUAGAGUUGAGUUUUAGAAAGUAUUAGUUUGUUUCUUAGGUAUGCCAGUUAUUUCUCUAUCCCCAAUUAUUGGUAAAACAGCACUUAAAUGUUUUGUUCUUGAUUUUAGUAAAUGCUUUCAUUUUCCUAAUUUUUUUCUAUGAUUUUGAAUGUACAUUUCUAUGGAAUGUCAUACUGAAUUAUUUCCCAGCUCUUUUCAUCUUAGAAAAUGUGGAGCAGUUCACCAUUUAAACUUGGAUCUGACAUUGGGCUAGUGGCCCUCUGGAUCCCUGUGGUAUGGGAGCCUGGAGUUGUCCUUUAGAUAGGUGGUUGAUGAGUCAACCUCUGAUUCACCAUCUUUUUGCUACAGUUCUACAUGAAUGCAGUGAAACUUGUGAAAAAGAACUUAAGAAUUUCUCUGGUUUUGAGUAGUCUGACCCUUCUAUUAAAUAGCUGACUGCUUUGUGAUUCCCCUACUUUUUUUUUUUUUAUGAACAAGACUCUAAUUACUAGAACCAAAAAAGCUGUAAUUUAAAAGAUGCCCGUUAUUUAAUGCUUACCUAGUUGAAAAAUGUUUUUGUUUUUCCUGUUUGUUAGUAAUAUAUGCUCAUUGUGAAUAAUGUAGACAGUACAAAAAGUAUAAAGAAAAACAACAGUUGCCUAUAAUUCUGUCACCCAGGAAAAAAUCACUUUUACUUUUUUUGCAUAUUUCUUACCUGUCUCAAUGCUACUUGUGCGCAUUUUUACAGUUUGUUUGAUUCUCCGUAUAAUUUUGUAUCUUUUUUUUUCUUAACAUACAGACAUUAAUUCAGUGUCAUUUAAAAACCAUGCCAACGUUUUUUAAUUCAUGAUAUUCCAUUGUAUGUUUUGUCCCAUGAUUCAUGUGACCUUUCCCAGUUGAACAUUUUAGAUUGCAUCUCCUAAUGCAACAGUGAAGUUCUUUGUGCAUAAUUAUUUCCUUAGGAAAUUCCUAAAGGUAGAAUUUCUGGGUCAAAGGGUAUGGAACAUUUUUGUAGUUCUUGAGACAUGACACCUUUCCAAAUGGUUAUACUAAUUUAUAGUCCAGCACAGAUAUGAAAAGGAAUAUUUACCAUGUUUUCCAAGAAUGUGCAACAUUUAUCUCUAUGUAGGUGUGUGACACUGGCAAAUUGGACUAAUCAAUUUGGAGGUAGUUGUCAGAGAUUUUCCCAAACUGUCUCAGUUUCCAAUUAUAUAGCAUAUUCCAGAAACGCUUACAUAUGGAUAUCCAAAUGAUAUCCACUUACAUAUGAAUAGCCAAAUCUCAUAUAGUUUUAUUUAUACUAUGAAGUAGCAAAAAUAUUCUGUCAUACUACAUUUUCCAUUUUUAGUUUGAAAAUCUUGUCACUUUAUUUACUGUUGGUGGGUAGGGCCAGCCCUUAGUAUCCAGCUCUCUUUUUCCUCUUCCAUAGGCUCCAUCUUGGCCCUUCUGAGCUCCCUAAAUCCAGUAGGAUCUCCCAAGGCAAAGGCAGCCCAACCCAAACUGGAAAAGUGGUAAGGCUAAAACCACCAAAAACAUGUCCAGGCUUUGCCUGAUCGUUGCAUUCUUCUGUUCCUGGUCGUACCUCAUUCCUAGUAUUUUAUGGUUGGCUGUGGGGAAAGAAAAACAUUGCUACCUUCAGAUAUUGAAGGUGGAGCAUUUUUUUUGAAUGAUGUAUCACAUUCAUUAUUUCCCAAAAUACUUUUUAUUUCUGAAUGGCUUUUUACUAUUUUUUCCCUAACUUCCUUUAUUUUGUGUUCUUUUAAGUGAAUAAGAAUGUCAUUAUCAAAUAUAAUACAGCUUUUAUUUGGUCUUCAUCAAACUAUUCAACAAAUGUUUAUUCAAUGUGUUUUGUUAGUGUAUUUGGGAUACAAUAGUAUAAAAGAUCUGGUCUCCUACUUUAAAGGCCAUAUAAUCAAGUUUAAAGAAAAAUAGCUUUAAUCUAGCUAUUUUACAUUGAAUUCUUACCCAGUGACAGGCCUUGUGCUGAGAACUUUACAAGAAUGUCUCAUUCCUUACAAUGAUCUUCCAAAAGAAAGAAGUAUCCCCAUUUUACAAAUGAAUAGAUUUAGAUAAUUUUCCCAAAAUCAAAGUGAAUAGGUAGUAGAUUUGAGAGGAUUACCCAGAUCUGCCUCAGAAGUCCUCUGACUAAACUGAAGUGUAGUAUUAGCUAGGUUAGUUGGGAGACUGGUAUGGGAAUAUAGACAUAAAAGAGUGGUGAAUACUGAGUCAUUUCAAAGGACUACUCAAGAUUCAGCAAUUGAAUGGAUUUAGGAGUAAGGGCAGAGUACAUUUCUCAACCUGGGUAACUUGGAGGAUAAUUUUGCUAUUUACAGAGACAUGAGACAGAGUGGAGAUUAGUCAUUUGAAGUAGACAGCGAUGAGUUUAAAGUACCAUGACGUAUAAGGAAGGAAGUGUCCAUGAGGCAUUUAGUUCUGUGACUGAUGUUUGAUUGAGAAAACAAGACCAGUAGAAUUGGGAGUCACAGUAUAAACAAGACUCUUCAUGCUGAGACGAUGAAUACCUGUACUGAAGUCAUUAGUAGCCCCUUAGGAGAAGAAGCAGUGACUGCUACACUUGUACCAUAGCAACCCAAGGCUUCUUUGUCAUGGGAGCUACAAGCAAGUUCAUAGCCUCUGAGAGUUUCAGAACUAGUCAUGUGCUGGCUAAUCCUUGUUUUCUGCAGUCUUUUAAAAAGUGCAAACCUUUUUGUCAUACAUUAUCACCUUCACUUGCUUCCAUUCUGUAUAUGUCAUAGUUACUCCCAGCCCCCCACCUGCCCCUUGCUUCCAAAGCCAUGUUCAGCUAUAGCUCAACUUUUUGUUUUGCUUUUCCUCUUCACUGUCUUGCCACAGCUGAAACUUGGCAUUUCUCUCAAGAAAUCUCUGACAAAAAUCUCUGCCUCUUUGAAGCCCAUGCCAAGAGGUUAUACUAUCAGCUUCCCCUACUCUUAGCAGAUAACCUCCUGAUCACUCCCUUUGAUUUGUUGAAGCCUUCGCUUACUGGCUCACAGUGUUUGUUGCCAUCUUUAAGUUUGUGGUCAUUCUUAAUACAGUAUCUUCAACAUUCUUAGGGAUGAGAUCUUUUAUCUCACCCCCAACAACAUUUUCUUCUACUGAAUUCAAGCGACCUGUUCCUCUGUUCACACCUGGCCCUUGUUAUUACCAUAAUUAUAAUUUAAAACUUAUUACCCCCUGCAGCUGGGCUUCUAGGAGGCAGCUUUAUUCAAGUCUCACAAGAUGAAGUCAUCUUUAAAGGCCAAUUCAGACCUAUGGGUCUUUGACCCUUGUUUGUUCCUGUCUUCAGGACCUUUGUCUGUCGGAUUUCCCUGCUUCCCUCCACGUCUUUCACCUCUCUACUGAUUGUUCUCUUGGCUUACCAAUGGACUAAGUCAUCAAAUAUUUGCAUUCCUAUCAUGUGCCAAGUACCAGGCACUUAGAAUACAAGAUAGAUGUACCUAACCCUACCAAAGUUCUAUUCCUGUACAAUAUACAGAUGAGUAAAAUAGGAAGGUUACAAUGCAUGUGAAAAGGCUAAAGAUAGGAUGAAAUGUCCACACAAAGAUGAGGCACCUGAUUUGUUGGAAAUAAAAUGAGUAUAAACAUAAGUGUUGAUUAGAAGCUUGUCAUGUAAAGAGAGGACUGAAAGAAAGUUAAGAAUAGCUGGACACUUCCUAAGGAAUAUAAAGUAUAUGAGAGGUCAUGAAAGUUCAUGUAAAGCAGCAAGAAGGUAUUGAAGAGUUUUCGUGAUCAUUAACAGUAAUCAGCAUUUAUUGAGUUUGAUAUGAUUAUCCCCAUUUUACAAAUGUUUAAUGCAGCUUGUGAGUUGGGAGCCAGACUUCAAACCAGCUUUUAGACACCUUGAAGUAAUGUUUACCACCUUAAAUUAGGUAUCCCCUAACUAUCCUUUUAUCAUCUCACUGUAUGUAUAUUAUAUGGCACUUAUCACAACCUGUAAUUAUUUUUUUGCAUUGAUUCGAUGUGUAUUGUUUAUCUCCCAUGUUAGAUUGUAAGCUCCAUGAGAGCAGAGUUGAUAUUUUAUUUCAGUUGCAUCCCAGAGCCUAACAAGGUGUGUGCUGCAUAGUAGGUGCUCAAUAAAACUUUGUGAAUGCGGAAA